AUGUCCGAGCAGUCGCUGAUUUCGGACCCAACUUCGGUUCGGAGCGGCCCGACGGGCCUAUUGACCGCGAAAGAACGAUAUGAGCUGUUGACGAAUCAGGCUGUUCUUCUGAUAGAAGACGGCAUGAGCUGUCGCGAUAUGGGGCACAAGAUGGGGACUGAAAGCGAGAUGAAGCUCUACCGCAUUUUUCAUUCCACCGGCAUGAAGAUUUUUCGGGGCUUCAUCAUGUUCACCCUUCUGUUUCUCGCCUUCCUUGAAGACCCCAACUCUCUGACGAUAACGCCGGAUCCAACAAAUCCAAAAUAUAUUCGACCAGAAGUUCCUAGAGGGAUGACAGAAGCGCUAGAAAUUUUCUGUCUGCUGGUGAUAGGAGCCUUUGGGAUCCUUGAAACCUGGCUUGUCGGUAUCAAAACGAUGAAAAAGAAGCCCUGGAUGAUCUUUGUCCUUAUCUCUGUGUUCGUUUCUAUCGUCGACAUCAUCAUUUCCCUCCACGUUCCUACCUACACAUAUCGACUUAGGCGGCUUUUGAGGCCAUUUAUCUUUAUUCAAUCAAGUUCGAUGAUGAAAAAGUUGCUAAAAUCGGUCAUUUUGACUGUCCCAGAAAUUCUUGGCGUCCUUCUUCUUCUCGGAUUCCAUCUUUACUUUUUCACAAUGAUUGGAAUGCUCAUUCUCCCUCCUUCGCCAAACGACCCUCUCUCCGAAAAUGACUGGCUGGCCAAUCCAACUGGUUUUGAGGCGCUUGAUACGGCGAUUAUCUCCCUCCUCGUUCUCUUAACUACGGCAAACAAUCCAGAUGUAAUGAUGCCUUCUUACAAGCAAAAUCGCUUCUGCUCCAUCUUCUUCAUCGUCUUUUCCUUUGUCGGCACUUUUCUCAUUAUGAACUUGCUCACCGCUGUCAUUUACAAUCAGUUUCGCGGGUUUCUCCAAAGAACGCUGCAGAAUUCGUUGAAAAGGAGGCAACUCGCAUUUAUUGGAAGCUUUUGCAAACUGAUAGAAGCGGAGAACAUUGUCGACGAAGAGUUUAAUCGAGACAAAGAACAUGUUGAUAUCAAGUAUUCAACGAUUAAAUCCAGCUUGAGUUUGGUCAGUAAAAACUUUACAAACAUUCCAAAAAUACUCCGCAAUUUGGACAACGAAGAUCGCUUGACCCUCUCUCAAUACAAGCAACUUCUCAAGCAGCUUUCCUACAAGACGAGAAGAGAUGCACCGGUACCAGUCCUGACGCGCUACCCACGAUUGCUACCGCUUCAGCGAAAAGUUACCCAUCCAAACUUUGAUCAUAUUGGAAACGCGAUUGCGAUCAUCAAUGCUAUUUCUCUGUCCGUCGAAAUCGCCCUUUAUCCCCAAAGAAAGCAUCAAAACGUAGAUGAUCCUGGAACAGAAGCGCUCAAAAAGCUCAGAAUUUUCAACCUCGCCAUUUCGGUCUUUUAUCUUUUUGAACAGUUCUUGAAAAUGUGGGCUUAUGGCAUCAUUUUCUGCCAACGACUUGACUUUCUCUUCGACAGCUUCGUUGCCGCAUCCCUAAUCAUCAUUCAGACACUUCUUGAAAUAGAAAUUAACAAGUCAAAUGUGACAAACAAAACAACCGAACUGCUGUGGGUCUUCUCCCGCAUCGUCAACAUUCUCAUCACGAUUCGCUUACUGCGCAUUCUUCCAAAGAUAAAAAUUACUACAGUAAUAACUUUAACGAUUUCUGGGCAUCAGUAG